UUAACGUUUUAACCCUGUAUGGUAUCAUGUAUAUUUAAAUAUACAAAUAUCAAACAAUUUGUCCUUUGCGUCUUAUGACCCGCAAGUCGAAGCUACACAGUGUAUAUCUGAAUAUACACGUGUGAUCGAUCGUUUUCGGUAGAUUUCGUUGGUAAAUCACCCACUUCGGGCAGUUAUUUCAGUCUGUACGGAAAGUGUCGUGCUGUUUGGACGCCGCCGGUAAACACGUGAUAUCAAAUAACAUUAUUAGUGUGUUUUGUUGGCAGAAUUGAGCGUACAUUUUUUUUGAAUACUUAUUGAGGCCACUGACGUCACUGUAUAUUUGAAUGUACAUUGUUCAAUUCUGGUUUCGACUUUACAGAAAUUAUGGAUCCAAAAAUAUUUUAUGGAAAAAAGGAACAUGUUACAGUAUUAGUACCGGACUUGGAUAGUGAGGAGGAUUUCGAUAGUGAUGAUAGCUUAUUAGACGAAACAUAUAAACCCACUUUGCUAGAUUAUGAUGAAGAGGAUUUAUUGGAGAGCAGUAGUGGAGAGGAAAGUAAUGCUGACAACCAAGGAAACAACAAUGAGGAAAGGAAUAAUCUAGGUAGCUGGAAUGAAGAUGACGAGAUCCCUCUCAGACAACUUCGAGAUAAGAUUCUCCGUGUGUCUGCUGUUUCUGUUCAAGGUGGGGUCAAAAACAUGAAAAUCAAGAAGGCUCCCUUGAAAUGGCAAAGCUCUAAUAAGGAGCCCAGUGAUUUGCCAACUUGGAAAGCUCAACUACCCUCUCAGACAUCUGUAGAGACACCAUUGCAUUAUUUUUACAAAUUAGUCGAUAAGGAGUUGUUGGAAUACAUAGUAGAACAAACGAACCUAUAUGCGGCACAGAAGGACAUAGGUCUAAAUUUCUGCAUGGAUUCCAAAGAGCUAGAGCAAUUUAUUGGCGUUUGUUUCUAUAUGUCACUGAUUACAGUGCCUGGGACCAGAAGAUACUGGAGCAGUGCCUGCAGAGUGUCUCAAGUGGCAGACAUAAUUCUACAUUGCCAGUUGAACCACCGUCUUUUCAAAAUCAGGAAGCUCGUGGAGAGUAUAAGGAAAAAUUUGAGACUAAUUCCCAUGGAACAGCACCUUUCUGUCGAUGAGCAGAUAAUACCGUUCAAAGGCCGUAGCUCCCUGAAACAGUACAAUCCGAAAAAACCAAAAAAAUGGGGUUACAAAAUAUUUUGUUUGGCAGGUGCUAGUGGUAUUAUCUACGACUUUGAAUUUUACUGUGGGGCCACGAAUCAACCGGAAAAUCUACCGGAUAUAAGUGCUAGUAGCAAUAUAGUGAUUCGACUGGCUGAAAACAUUCCAAAACACCAGAAUUUCCUGCUGUUCUUUGAUAACUGGUUUUGUAGCCCCGAGCUUCAAAUCGAAUUAGCUCGGAAUGGUAUUUACAGUGUGGGAACUAUACAGGAGAAUCGAGUGCCAUCCAGUGGUUUGCCAACCGACAAAUCACUGAAAAAACAGGGCAGGGGGAGCUUCGAGGAAAGAAUUACAAGCUGUGGAAGCACUAAACUAAAGAUAGUGAAAUGGCAGGACAAUAAAGUGGUGACUUUGCUAAGUACAUUCAUAGGCGGCUAUCCUGUGACUACUAUAAAAAGAUUUGACCGCAAAAACCGACAAGAUGUAAACAUCCAAUGUCCCAGUAUUAUACUCAUAUACAAUAAAUUCAUGGGGGGUGUCGAUUUGAUAGACUCUCUUCUGGCAUUGUACAGAACGAAAAUAAGAUCAAGAAAAUAUUACUUGCGUAUUUUCUUUCAUUUGAUGGAUAUGUGUGUAGUUAUCUCUUGGCUUUUAUAUAGGCGCGCUUCCGACGACUGUGGCGUAUCUAAAAAACACCAAAUGUCGCUUUAUGAUUUCAAAAGUGAUUUAGCACAAAGUUUAUGUUGGGUGGGAAAACAAAACAAAAGAGGUCGUCCUUCAUCAAGUUCUCAGUUACCACCCGUAAAGAAACAAAAGAUAUCUAGUGUUCGACCAAAUAUAGAUUGUAGAACAGAUGGAAUGUCUCACAUAUGA